AUGGCAUCGUCUAAGAUCCUUGUUGUGGUCAAGCUGCCAACAACCGACACGCACCUGCGCAACGAGCUUUUUGAGCGCUUGCUAGAUAUCUCUGAGCAUGCGCGCGACAAUGAACCUGGAACCUUGAAAUAUGCCAUACUCAUCCCCAGGGAGGACGAUGGAAGAACCGCGUGGGUUAUCGAGGAAUACACCGACCAGAAAGCCUACGACACUCAUAUGGCCUCCCAGGAGGUGACGGAUAUUAACCAGUGGUUCAACACCGUACCCAUCUUCAAUCAGUCCAACCUGCCCGUGCUAAGGAAUUUGUCUCAUCUCCCUGAUGCAGAACUCACUCGACCCGACAUCGCUCACCACAAAGAUCCCCAUGCUAUCUAUACCGAAGUGCCCAAGUCGGAGGAGUCCUCUCCAUCGCCCCUCGCCACUGGCACGCACCAGGCAAAACGUGUCACCGAUGCCGCCAAGGAGCAAGAGCCGGGUACGUUCAUCCACGCCAUCUUCAAGGACCUUGAGGAUGAUGGCUGGUACGGUGCUCUAGAGGCCUACGAGUCAGAGAAAUACCAUCUUGAUGUGCAUGAGAAUGGCGAAGCUGCGGCGAAGAUGAGGAUGGACAUGGGUGCUACUGCCGUGAAACACAAGCUGAAGUUGGUAGGAGGGUAUCUCUACAAGUAG